UAGUCAUGUAUUUUGUAAGAGCUUGUACCCCUGCAUCAGGUGAAGACUCUUCAGAACACGCCCAUUUGCUUUUCACUCAAGGAGCUCUUAUUGUACUCGGCUUAAAUGUCCUAACAACCACCAUAUUGAAUCACAUAUUUCAUUUCAGUGCUCCGGUAUCUAAUACCUUUCUUGUUAUAAUGGUUGUCCUUCUCAUGGCUCCAUUUGCAAUACCCAUAAAAAUGACAUUUCACCGCAUGAGAGUCAGGAAACCAGAGAUGCAUCACCAGCCAGUUGAGACUCCAGACAGUGUGAUACAAGAAGACAACGCAGACAAAACCGAACCACUGCUGAAAUCAUCUUCAUCAACAACAGCCCUCGGAAGUUUUCGGGAAAACGUUGAGGCAUCUGAGGUGGCUAUGCUUCUAGCUGAGGGUGAAGGGGCUGUGAAGAAGAAGAGGAGACCCAAGAGAGGGGAGGAUUUCAGAUUUACUGAAGCCCUAAUAAAGGCUGAUUUCUGGCUUCUUUUCUUUGUGUACUUUGUGGGUGUUGGAUCUGGGGUAACGGUGCUCAAUAAUCUGGCCCAGAUAGGAAUUGCACAAGGCGUGCAUGAUACUACCAUCUUGUUGUCGCUCUUCAGCUUUUGCAAUUUUGUGGGGCGUCUUGGUGGGGGUAUUGUGUCUGAACAUUUUGUCAGAACAAAAACAAUCCCUCGGACAAUAUGGAUGACAUGCACUCAAGUAAUGAUGAUCAUAACGUACCUGUUGUUUGCUUCUUCAAUUGAUGGUAUCCUUUACGCCGCAACAGCAUUACUUGGGAUCUGCUAUGGAGUUCAGUUCUCGAUAAUGAUACCGACUGUCUCUGAGCUUUUCGGCUUGAAGCAUUUUGGUUUAUUUUACAACUUCAUGUCACUAGGAAAUCCUCUCGGUGCGUUCCUUUUCUCAGGUCUCCUGGCAGGCUAUGUAUAUGAUACUGAAGCAGCAAAGCAGCAGGUACCAAAUUUUCUGUCCAAUUCAAGCAUCUCCUGCUUGGGUCCAAAUUGCUUCAGGCUCACCUUCUUGGUUCUGGCUGGUGCCUGCGGUUUGGGCUCCAUCUUGAGCAUUAUUCUAACUAUGAGGAUAAGGCCAGUCUAUGAGAUGCUUUAUGCUGGGGGUUCUUUCAGGCUUCCUCAAACUUCAAACCACUAAGCUGCUCGAAGUGGAUUAUGAUAAGUUGAGGCCAUGAGAGGCCAUUCUCCUGAAGCACAUGACGUAGUAGAUAUUUCGGCCAUGUAAAUUCACAUUUUUAGAAUUUGCACAAUGCAUUGCAAGUUUGAGUGCCAACCCAGGAAAUCAACAGGUUCUAGUUUUCCUCUCGAUAUGACAGCUAAAAUGCAAUUUAUGAGGAUAGUUAUCGAUGAUUGAUAUCCUGUUUUAGCUAGAAGUAUACAGAACAAGGUUCAUCAUGUAUCCAUUAUUUCUGGUUUCUUUGAAGAUGCACUUCUAAAUUUCUUUGAUGAAUAAUUUUGCAUUCGUGUGAUACAA